AAGUCAAGUUGGCAUAUCUUGUAAAACCCGAAAGUCGAAGAAAGCUGUAGUUCAUUUUGCGAUUUUUCAUUUAAUUAUAAUACGUGAUACAUUUCUUGAUAGUAAUUAUAGGAAUUAAUCAUGGACGACGAUUUACCGACCGAUUUUCAGGUCAUCGUGGUUGGCACAGGUAUGGUGGAAUCUAUAGUAGCUGCCGCCUGUAGCCGAAUAGGCAAAAAUGUUUUACAUUUGGACUCCAGCGAUCACUAUGGCGGCCUCUGGGCCUCUUACAACUUUGAUGGGCUGCAGAAGUUUAUCAAGGAAGUCAAUUCAGACCCCCAAAGACAGCAACAGGUCUACAAUUUAGCUGAAAAGUGGUACAUUGAAAAAGAGUUGCCACAGGAAGAAAAGAAAGAAGAAGAAGAGAACAAGACUGAUGACAGCAAAGCAGAGGCUAGGAAAGUUUGGAGCCAGGCAUCCUUUGCUGCUGAAUAUAGGAAAUUUAACAUUGACAUGACACCCAAGUUGCUGUUCUCGCGAGGCCCUCUGGUGGAACUUCUGAUAUCUUCCAACAUCGCUCGCUACGCGGAGUUCCGCUGCGUGACGCGCGUGCUGACGUGGCUGGACGACCGUCUGGUGCCGGUGCCGUGUUCCCGAGCUGACGUGUUCGCCACAGAGGCCGUCAGCAUCAUUGAGAAGCGCAUGCUGAUGAAAAUGCUGACUUCCAUCGUCGGGUACAACGAGGAAGAGAUGAAUAAUGAAUUUAAAGAUUGGAACGACAAGACGUUCAAGGAGUACCUGACCAACAAGGGACUGACGCCGAACCUGAUCCACUACGUGUUGUACGCGAUCGCAGGCGGCACGGACGCCAUGCCCUGCCUGGAGGGCGUGAAGGAGUGCAAGAAGUUCCUCAUGAGCCUCGGGCGCUACGGGAACACGCCCUUCCUCUGGCCCAUGUACGGCAGCGGGGAACUGCCUCAGUGCUUCUGCAGGCUGUGCGCCGUAUUCGGAGGCGUGUACUGCUUGAACCGGCCAAUCGACAAAGUGGAGACCAAGACAGGGGCUGAGGGCAAGACGACGGUGGCGAUCCAGAGCAAAUCCAAGACCCUGAACUGCGAACACCUCGUCAUCGGCAUCAACGAGUGCCCAAAAGACAUCAUAUCUACAGAACCGGCUGAAAGUUCCGAUAUUUCGAAGGCUGUUUUUAUCACGAACGCAUCGAUCAUGCCGAGUGAGAAGGAACCGCUGACGCUGUUAAGAUUCCCACCACUUAAUGAGGGGGACAACGCGGUCACCGUGCUUGAAGUUGGACCGGCCACGGGAUCUUGUCCUAAGGGAUUGUUCGUGGUUUACUUCAUAACGAAGAAGGUGAAGGAUGCAGAAAGCGACCUGAAGUAUUACGCUGAGAAGAUAUUCGACAUGACCGGCGGAGAUCAGACCGCGGCGUCUGACAAACCCAAGUGUCUGUGGUCGGUGUUCUACAACGUGUGCGACGCUGUGGGCGCGACGUCGGCAGCCGCACGCGUGCACGUGUGCUCCGGGCCCGACGCCGUGCUGGACUUCGACCGCGCCGUGCUGCAGGCGGAGCAAAUCUUCAAGAAGAUCUGCCCAGGCGAGGAGUUCCUGCCGCGCGCGCCCGACCCAGAUGAGAUAGUCUUCGAAGAUGACGUCACUCACGGCCCUGAGUUCCGCCGGGAACAAGAGGACGACGCAGAAGGAGACACCGCUAAGGAGUAGUCUUCGUAAACACAUUAGCGAUAUAAAUUCCACAGAGCGCUUGGUCGAGGCUAACGAUGGCUGGUGCAGUGUUGUAAUGUAAUACGAGCGACUGAAAGGAAGUACUGUAUCAUUUCACUCGUCUUUGUCUUUAUGGAGCGUCAGGUUUGUCAUUUAUAAGGCGCUCUCGGGUGCUUUUUUAUUUUCAUGUAUGGUUCGCUGACAUGUUGGUCCGGUAACUGAAAAUCUGUUGGUCUCAUCGGGUUUAGUUGUAUCUGCAUUUCAAAAUUAGCACUACACCUAGGCGUGUUUUUAGUGAAUUUUAUUUCAGAAGUUUCUGAUAGUACUAUAAAUCUCAUACGAAAAAUACUGUACUAGUAACGAACCGGCUUCGGUUAGCCUACCUAUCAAAGCCUAGAACGGAACGCAAAUCGGCUUUUUAUUAUGUAUUCAGCUUGAAAACCAUAAUCCCGCUCUAAGAUUGCACAGCGACAGUUUUUUGAGCAAAGUUCCUGUUUCUAGGUAUGAUGUAACAUACGAUCAAACGCUCUGCAUAGUUACAAAUAAGGUGUAAUCUCUGUAAGGUGAAGCUUCCUUUCCACUAGUUAAUAUCGAAGCGCAACAUACAUCUUUGACGCUCAAUACAAUGCACUAGAGUGAGAAGUCCGAUGUGCUAUUUUUCUUUAGUAAAUUAUGUGAAAUAGCGUAAUGUAUUAGCGCAUCAACGUUGCCUAGUGGAUUAGAGGCUUUAUACGCUUUGGUCGCUUGACUCGUGCAUUCCGACUGGUGCGUGCGGUGUGUAGUGUGCGAUGACGCCGGUUGUGCAAGAUACUCGUAGGAUAGGAAAAAAAAUGAAUUUUGGUCACCUGUUAAGUUUGCUCCAUCUGUUUAUAUAAAUAAACAUAUCAUUUUUCAAAUAAAACGCCACAGUAAUACCAAAAUAUGAGAAGACUAAGAUAUAUUAUAUAUUGAUUAAUAAAGCCAAUAUGGUUUUCUUGUAUUCAAGACUCAAAGAAAUAAAACAUUUUUUGUUAAUUAAAGAUAAACAAUGAAUAUAGCGUGUAAUUUGUUCAUUCUGUAAAAAAUAAUUUCAUUUUCCCUAAACAUCACAUUUUAAUUUCUUCUUAUUUAUGGUAAACUUGACAGGUAAUAGGUAAGGGUAUGAGGAGAAAGUAGCUAGGUUGUCUCGUGCGAUGUGGCAAGAUAGACUCGUAGCUUUGAUGGUGAGAUUCAUCCAAUUUCAGUUACACUGAAUUAAGGAUUCGAUUUAGUGUUGUCAUAAGUUACAUGUAUCAUCAUUCCACAGAUAUGUUUGCGUUUAUUAUCGUUUUCUUAGGAAUAAGUUAUGGAAUGACGAAUUUUACGUAUGCUGAUAAGAUGCUAAAUAAAAUAUGCUCUCUAAAGAGUUCAAUUUGUAGCGAUUGAUAACAUCGAAUACCAAAGUAUUAGAUACAGGAAACACCAUAUUAAUACCCAAAUUAUUCCAAUUUAAUAAUAAUCUUAAAAAGUAUCGUGUUGGAGCUUCCACGUUGGUUCAAAAGCGAAGAUAAAAAACUUGAAAUGCUUAAAAAACUUAAAUGACUAGAUAGAUUGUAAAUGUCGAUAUUUCUGAAUCAAAAUUACAUCACCUAUCCAGUUUAAUGCGUUAUUUAGAGUUUUGCGGAUUUUGGCUCUGUCUACCCUGUAAGGGAUAGACAUGAUACUAUAUAUUUAUCAUAUGGGUAAUUUAUUAUGUUGUUAUCUGUACAUGCGAUAUACGACGAGAUUUAUGUAUGUGCAAUUUGAUAGAUGUAGUCGGCUAGGAUGCAGUUUUAAAAUGUUUGGUUAACAUUUUGGACGCACCAGUCUAAAGCAUAGAUUGUAGCACUUUUUAUUUUUUAAAUUAUGUAGCACUUAAAAUGAUAUUUAUUGAUGAAAAUAAUCAUGCCUGCGCAGCUUGUGCAUUUAUAAUUCCAUUAAAUUGUGAUUAUUAGAAA